AUGAGGAAUGAGACAGGGCAAGAUUCACAAAUCACAAAUAGCUGUAUGUGUGUUAGGUAGCAGUCCCAGCAGCUCACUGGACCCUUCCCUAGAUUCCUGCCCUCCCUUUCUCCUCAAGGGACAUCUUCCUUAAAAGCUUACUUUGUCCUUGUCUCUCCAGGAAUUUCAUCACCAAUUUCCUAAUCUUCUCCUAAUUCACUCAUGAACCUUCAUUACUCAUCCGGAGAAGAUGCUAAAUCAAGUUACAGUAUAGUUGGCCAGCACUGAAUUUUGAUCAUCUUCUCAGAGGUGAGUUCAUUGAUCAUGUUGAAAUCGAUCAUAAACGGGGAGGAGGGCUUUUCGGAAGGCAGGGUGGUGCUGAAGAGGAGGCUGAGUGUGGAGCAGUUGAGGACAUUGGAGAAGAGCUUUGAGCAGGGGAACAAGUUGGAGCCAGAGAGGAAGAUGCAGCUGGCCGUGGCUCUUGGGCUGCAGCCGAGGCAGGUGGUCGUCUGGUUCCAGAACCGGCGAGCCCGGUGGAAGACCAAGAAGAAGGAGAAAGAUUACGAUGCCCUCAAGAGACAGCUCGAGGCCAUGAAAUCCGAGAACGAAGCUCUUCGAGCCCACAACAUCAAGAUCCAAGCUGAGAUCAUGGAUCGCACAGGGAGAGUGGCGUCGGAGCUGAUGAUCAACCUCAACUUCCAUUGAUACACUAAGAAUUACCAGUUCCUCUCCCAUCACAUCAUUUUAAAAACCAAGAAGAUCAAAUUGGCAUGUACUGAUAGCUCUGUGUACUUGUUCUUUUCCACCCUGUGGGCUUAUGAGAAGUGUGUGGAAGCUCUCAAGUAAAAUGGCGAUGUCGAUCAGUUGACUCAUGAAGUGUUGGCAUGGGUUGAUUAGCUUCUUCUCUUUACUGCAAUGGCUGUCAGCUACGGAAGCAGAGACCUCUGUAAGGCAAGUAAUUGAAAGGAGCAGAUUGUUCUUGGACCAUUCAUGCUAAACCCAAAAGCCGGGGACCAUGAAAGAACUAUCAAAAGAAUUGAUGAUCCAGCAAUUUUAUCUACUUUUUGUUUGGUUAGGUCCUCCAUAUGAUCGAUCAAUCUGUUGUUGAAGAAUUCAUCACAUGGACAUGGACAUGGACAGUUCAUGCAUAUAAUUCAACCACUGCAAUUUCUUCAGAAAUCUAACGAUCCAAUUCAGCACAAAAGUGUCGGGGAAAUGCAUUAAUGUGUACGUUGUCUUCCACAGUGGGAGUGUUCGUGUGGACUUCUAGUUUUUCCGUUGAUCAAUUCAAAUUGUGACUUUGUCAGAGAAGAAAAUAAUUUAUUAUAAUGGAAUUAACUCAAUAUUCUUCCUGCCAUCUGUUCUCUUGAUGAUUGGUUUGACUUAGUGAGGCAUGAGGAUAGACAUUUGAUAAUAAGAGUUUGAAAAAUCCAAGAUGAAGUUGACAUAUUGUCGGAGUCCAUUGUGAAGUUGAUAAUGAGGAGAAGAGUGGAGCUUAUGCAAACAUUUUUGUUUACUAUUUGAAGUUAGAGAGUUCAUGAAUAAUCAAAAGAAGCCAAUCAGCUUUAGAUCAAAGUCCAAGCAGUUGAUUCGUUCUUCAACAAAGAAAAGUUUGCGCAAUCUCAGAAUUUUGUUAGGAUUCACUUUAAAUGAUUGUGAAUGCCAAACACGGUCGACUGGUCAAGAUGAGCUGUCCGAGUGCUGGAGCCAA